CAGGAACAUGGCCACUAAACCAGACUCGGCGGCGUCACUUCAGUAUCUUGCCGCGCACUCUAGUCAGUGAAGUCUCUGUGUGGUGGUGUAAACAAAUCCACGCUUGCUGAGGUGUGUGUGUGGACGUUUCACUCCCUCCGCACCAAUCUCAAGGCAUUCCUAACCAGGCUCAACAUCCACAGGCCAACUCUAGAGGACCUGCUGGGCAGCGACACCCUGGGGCUCAACACGGCCUUCCAAGCCUGCAAGUGUGCACAGACCUUGCUACAUAAGUACGAACAGCUUGACAGAAUCUAGCCCCCACCUGGGGACCCAUCUCCACCACAAGAACCGCAGGAGCAAGUAACCUGUACCGCCGGGGCUUUGAAGGCCAUGGUCCCAUGGCCUAACCAGCCCCCUAAAACACUGAAGAAGAAGUGUGUGGGCAUGGAAGUCGUGUGCAGUGGGCGUGUCUUGAGAGGUGAGGCGGAGGAAAGUGGAGUCUGGCACGUCUUGCUUACAGUCUUGAGAAUGUGUCAACGUUAAGCGAUGAAUAUGACCGCCAUGAGACUAGGAGACAGAGAAGAGGCACCUUUGACGAGCACUGACUCUAAACUAUCACCAAAGGACAGUCCAGCGGUGAAGCCGAGUGCGUCCCGAUGCAGCGUGAUGGCAGCCUCCUGCUGUGCGCCAGGCUGUGAGAGCAGGAACACUGUGGACUGCAAACUCACCUUCCACACGUUUCCAAAAGCCCCUGAGUUGCAGAAGAGGUGGAUCACUGUCACCGGCAGCAAGAAAGAGAAGUGUUUUGACCGCACCGGCCAGACCACCAGGCUCAGGACAGGGGCCUUGCCAAUCAUCUGGAAUUAUGUCCCCUGGAAGAAAAGAAAUACAAAAUUACCCUUUCUUCCUGUACCCUUGGAAGAGAUACUGGAGUCCACCUGUGAGCCCAACGUCAGCAGCCAAGAUACCAGGCAGCAUCAGGGGCUUCGUGGUGCAGUGGUUAGCACACUCGGCUCACAACUGAGAGAGCCCAGGUUCGAUUCCCGGGCGGAGUGGAAUAAUGUGGGCGUCUUUUCCAAUGCCCUACGCCCCUGUCCACCCAGCAGUGAAUGGGUACCAGGUGGUGAGGCCAAGGGGGCAGAGUGCUGUCCCUGCCACCGCGUGCUGUCCGGGCUGCACCACGACCACCGCUGGCUGAAGGAGGUCACGCUGGACUGCCGCGUGUGCUUCUGCUGCUUCAGGGGAGAGAUGCGCCAGGGGAACCUCACCACCAUGUGUCUCACCCUGCACCAGCUGACCAGGGGUGUCAGGUUCCUGCACAGGUGAACGAAGGUGGAGUCAUGGCUUUGGGGCGGCUUGCUAAAAAGAUCAGAUGAGCCACAAUGGGCGCAGGUCACCACAUGCGGGUCGGGGGUCACACAGCCACCGUUCACGACCUGACCCCUAAGAGUGGAUACCAGCUGUCUGGAGUGGACACAGAAGUGGAUUCCUUACAGCAUCGGGACUCCCUUUAAGAUCUCGGUCACCCUCGGAGUCUUGUCACUGGAAACUUCCCGAGGAGCUGCGUCGGCGCGUCACACUCCACCUCCAAGCUAACCCAGGACUGUCCCAGGCUGAGCUGCAUGACAUCCUAUACUAAGAUCGAACCCGCCUGCAACCUCAAGAUCAAGUACGGGUCACCCAAGCCUAGGAGACACCGUAGCCCUCGCCAAUCUAAGAGGCCUCAGCAUCACCAGACCUUGGGAGCAGCAGCCCAGUGCCAACACCAGGCCACAAGACCCCAGGCUGCCCAGCACACUGCCAGUGCCGGGGAUCUUCAGACCCGUCUCCAGCCUUAGGGAAUGGAGGGCGGAGGGCUGCAGUGGCGGUGGCGGCUAUAGUAAUGUGUCAGCAAUAUUUUUUUUCUGCCUCUAGGUGUGGUAGUCUUUCUUGGUGGUGGGUCCCGUCGGCCAGCCCCAGCCCUCUAUAGUGCAGGGAAGUGUUUAUAGUGGCGCCACCUUGCCUGGAUCACUUCUGAUCCCCUCUUUUAGAGAGAGAAUCUAGAGUCUGGGUUGACAGGCGUCCACCAUGACAGCAUGUGGGUAGUGUUGGGCCACUCGGCAGUGACUGAAAAAUACUGUCUGUGGUGGUGGGAGGGACCCAAACCCUCAUCCUGCACUGGUGGUCACUUUUUGUGUCAAUUAUUUAUUAUUACUAUUAUUAUUAUUAUUAUUAUUAUUAUUAUUAUUAUUAUUAUUAUUAUUAUUAUUAUUAUUAUUAUUAUCUUUUUUAUGUCGUAGCCUAUAGCAGCGGCAGGCUUUGGUCAG